GCUCUCAUUAAGGACUCUGCGAAGCGCGAACGGCAGCUCCUGUAGUUCUCCGGGCAGGUGUCUGUUUGUAGUCCCCUAUGGCUGCGUCCAGGAAAAGACCACGGCAGGGUAACGUCUCCGGCGGCGCCCAGACGUCCGGUAGCAGCGUGGCGGACCUGUUAACGGGCAGCCAGCCCGGUAGAACCGAAGAGGAUGGUCGGUUCGUGGAGGGCUCCAUACUUCGCCUCACCAUGAAAAACUUCCUGACCUAUGACUACUCUGUGAUGUAUCCUGGACCUAAUCUGAACAUGAUUGUUGGAGCCAAUGGAACUGGCAAGUCCAGCAUCGUGUGUGCCAUCUGUCUGGGUCUGGCUGGCAAGACUGCGAUCCUGGGCAGAGGAGACAAGGUUGGACUUUAUGUCAAACGCGGCUGCCACAAAGGAUCUAUUGAGAUUGAACUGUUCAAGACUGGUGGGAAUUUGGUGGUUAACAGAGAGAUUCAUGUUGAGAACAACCAGUCUCUGUGGAUGCUGAACGGGAGACACUGCAACCAGAAAGCUGUGGAGGAAGAAGUCAAGGCUCUGCACAUCCAAGUCAGCAACCUGUGCCAGUUUCUCCCUCAGGAAAAAGUGGGAGAGUUUGCCAAGAUGUCUAAAGUUGAGUUGCUGGAGGCAACAGAGAAGUCUGUAGGACCACCGGAGAUGUACGAGUACCACUGUGACCUCAAAAACUUCCGCAACAAAGAACGAGAAUAUGAGAACGUUGUGAAGGAGAAGGCCAGUUUCUUGGAGAAGGCCAAACAGAGGAACGAGAGGAACAAACUGGACGUAAACCGUUACUACGAGAAGAAGAGGCAUCUGGACGUAAUCGAGCUGCUGGGAAAGAAGAAGCCGUGGGUGGAGUACGAGACCACUCGCAAAGAGCUCGAGGGCGCAAAGAAGGAUCGAGACGAGGCCAAGAAGCAGCUGUGUGCCCUGAAGCAGGCCCAGGCGCCCAUGCUGAGGAAGAUCCAGCUGAUUGAAAACCAGCUGAAGCCCACUGAGGCACAAAUAAAGGCCAAGACUGCUGCCAUCAAAGAAGCUUCUGUAAAGUGCAAACAGAAACAAGAUCAGUUGGACCGAAAACACAAAGAGAUUGAAGACAUCAAACAGACACUGAGGCUGAAGCAGAUGGAAGAGGAGGACCACCAGAAGCGAAUCAGCAACACCAGACGAACCAUCGACGAUUUGAAGGCGGAGCUCGCCAAAGUUGGAGACCAACCGGACAUGACGCCGCGGAUCAAUGCCGUCAACGCCGAGCUGAGGCAGAUCCGCGAGCAGAGAGCCAAGAUCGAAGGAGAGAAGGCCGACCUCCGCAGGGAGAAGGACAACCUGAUCGCUGAGUACAGAGCGUUGGAGAGAAAGCUCAACGACAUGAACAACAUGAUGAACGCUAAAGAGGAGAAGCUGCGUGGCCGCCACAGGGACACUCACACCGCCCUGCAGUGGCUCCGGCAGAACAAACAACUCUUCCAAGGAAACGUCCACGAGCCCAUGAUGCUGGUGAUCAAUGUGAGAGAUCAUCGAUUCGCUAAGUUUGUUGAGACCCACAUCUCGUUCCACGACCUGCGGGCCUUCGUCUUCCAGAGAAAAGACGACAUGGAGAAGUUCAUGAUUGAGGUCCGUGACAGGAUGAACUUGAAAGUGAACUCCAUUUCUGCUCCGGACGAGUCGUGUUCUCGGCGGGCGCCAUCCCGAAAUAUUGAGUCCCUGAGACGUUUCGGGUUCUUCACCUACCUGCGAGAGAUGUUCGACGCCCCUGAUGAGGUGAUGAGUUACCUCUGUCACCAGUACAAGGUGCACGACGUCCCCGUGGGCAGCGAUCAAACUAAAGCCAUGAUCAAAACGGUGAUCGAGGAGCCCUACCUCAGGGUUUUCUACACCACAGAGGAGAGGUACACAUUGAAGAGGUCCCAUUACUCUAAUAAGAUCAGCACCAGUAACUCAGCAGUGCACGACUCUCAGUACCUCACCAUCACUGUGGACGCUGAGGAGAGACGGCAGCUGGAGCAACAGAUGAAGGCCUGUGAGUCCAAGAUGAAAGACAUUGAAGAGCGGACGAAGGCCCUGCAGGCGGAGGGCGCAGCACUGGACCGCCGCGACAAUGAGCUGCUGGGAGAGAAGAAGCAGCUCUCUGAAGUGAAGGGCAAGAAGAGACAACUGGAGCAGAAAAUCAGCACCAAGCAGGACAGCCUGAGGCAGAUGGAGCAGAAUGUUAUUGACCUGAAGAAGAUUGAAGAGGAGACGAAAGAGAAAAUUGCUGCCGUCAAUGCCCAGAAGGUUACCAUAGUGACGGCGUUCAUGGCUCAGAUGAAGCUGAGAGCCAAGCUGACCAUGGAGAAGGUGUACCUGGCGCUGGAGACGGUGGGGCUGAUGGCUGAGAAGACCAAGCUGGAGAACGACUGUAGAGAAGGCGCUUCUGAACUCAAGACCACUGAUCAAAAAUGCAGCCGUCUGGAGCAGAGGAAGGUGCAGCUGACAGAACAAUGCAAAGCCCUGCUGAAGAGAGCCAAGACCACCUGCAGGAUGCAAGCUGACGAGUCUUUACCUGAAGACCUGCGUAAUGCUUUCGGCCAGCUACCUGACACGCUGGACGAGAUCGAUGCCAGACUGAACGAGGAGCGCUCAAGAGCUGAGUGCUUCACCGGCCUCAGUGAGAAUGUUGUUGAUGAGUACAACAGGAGAGAGCAGGAGAUCAAAAAUCUGGAGAAAGAGCUGGAGGACAAGAGCAACGCACUGAACAACUACAGACAGAACAUAUCGGAGGCUAAGGAGCGUUGGCUGAUCCCACUGAAGCAGCUGGUGGAACAAAUUAAUGACAAGUUCAGUGAUUUCUUCCGCUCCAUGCAGUGUGCAGGAGAAGUGGACCUGCACUCAGAGAACGAGGAGGAGUACGAUAAGUACGGCAUCCGAAUUCGUGUGAAGUUCCACAGCAGCACUCAGCUCCACGAGCUGACGGCCUACCAUCAGAGCGGAGGAGAGCGCAGUGUCUCCACCAUGCUCUACCUCAUGGCCCUGCAGGAGCUCAACCGCUGCCCCUUCAGAGUGGUGGACGAGAUCAACCAGGGGAUGGAUCCUGUCAAUGAGAGGAGAGUCUUUGACAUCGUGGUCCGCACAGCUUGCAAAGAGACAACAUCUCAGUACUUCUUCAUCACACCCAAACUGCUGCAGAACCUGCAGUACGCCGAGGAGAUGACCGUCCUCUGUGUGCACAACGGCAGCCAGAUGCUUCCUCCUCACCAGUGGGACGAGAAGGCUUUCAUCAGGCGGCGUCUCCAGAGGAAAGCCCGAGCGUGAACCCUCCGUCUGACCAGCCCUGCCUCAAUUCACUUAGUUUACAGUCAGUGAGUAGAAAAUAUACAGUGUGAUGUUCAGCAUUUAUUAACUGUGGUUUCGGAUAGAAUAUACAAUGUGAACAUUUUAACUGGCCCGAAAUUAUGUCCAAACAGGAUGUACAUUCAUAAAAAAACGUUUAUAUUUUUACUCUUUUUGAUAAUAAGAAAUCUGUUUAAUCUUCAACGGUUCACACGUCUGUUUUUAUAUUCUAAUAAAAUAUUCUAUCUGUGUGGUUAUGUUAAACUGAUUCAGAAUUUUCAUUAAUACCUGGAGUGCUUUACUAUAGUGCACAAUGCAGUGUGAAGUAGGUAAGAUAAAUUCAUGUUGUUUUGAUCAAACAACAUAGAAAAUAGGAAUAUAUGAGGCACAUGUGUCACGUGUGCCAGUUUGCUUUAUAGGGCUGCAACUAAUGAAAAAAGUGAAAUAUGUGCUCUCAAAUUAAUAAUUUAAAUGUCUUGUUUUGUCGUUCACAAACAACUGGAGUCUGACUCACUGAUUAGUUGCAGCUGUGGAGCCUAAACUGAAAUUUGGGGGAAAUUUACUCAGAAAUGAAAUCUUCAAACAGCAGUACUCUGCAGAAAUAUGUCUUAUUUUUGUUCCUUUAUAACAUAUCCCUUUAACCCCUUAUCUGUCCCCUUUUUACAGAGUGUUGUGGGUUGUGUGCCGUGGAUUUUUAGGGGGAGAUAGCAGGUCAACAAUAAAUAGAUGCUCAGCACUGUGAGUCGCGUUGUUCUGGU